GCUCCGUGUCCUGACCACUUCAGUGUCGAAGAUUCAGUUCAUCGACCCAAACAAUCUGUGUUUCAAGAAUUGUUUAUUAAUUUGCACUUAAUGAGGAGAGAUGGAAGAUCUCAACACUCGUGUUCAAAGGAAGGACAGAAAACAAGUAACAAUAAAUGAAAACAUUGCAGAACUUGAAGAAAUAUUUGAAGAUGACAAACCAAAGAGAUUAGUAACCACUGAACAAAAACGUGCAAGUGAAUACGCUUUGAUUCAGUAUUUAUCAACACUUGUGAAGAAAAGAAAUCUUAUAGAAUCUUUCGAUUUUCGUUUUGUUGAGUAUUUGCUAGAGAACGGAGCCAAUAUAAACAAUUGCGAUGUCAUUGGACAAUCACCAUUUCAUAUUGUUGCCAAGUAUUGGAACAUUGACGUGGCAAGGUUCUUACUUGAUCACGGUGCUGAAAUCGAUGCCCAGGAUUGCUUUGGUCGUUCACCUUUGCACGAUGCUUGUGAGUUGAAUUACGACGACAUGGUUGAAUUUCUUCUUCAGAAUGGUGCAAAUAUCAACAUCCAAACUUAUGAUCAGAAACAAAGGCCAAUUCAUUUUGCCGCGAAAAAUGAUGCAUGUCAGUGUUUGACUAAGUUGUUGGCUAAUGGAGCUGAUAUUAAUUCAUUAGAUAGUAAAAAUAGAACACCACUUCAGCUUGCUGCUGAAUUGAACCGUUCCAAUAUUGCUCUGUUGUUGAUCAACGAAGGGGCUUCAGCCUCAAUAUACGACAAAGAAGGAAACUCGGCGUUGACCUUGCUUACUGAGAAAAUGCCUGAUAUCGCUGUACUGGCCUUAGAUCAACUGCACUCGACAGACAACGUCAACCGAAAAGAAUUCUUCUCACUGAAUAGCUUAGAAAGUUCAAAGAUCAAUGGAGGACGUCCCAACUGUGCCCGGACACCUCUAGAGAUUGCCGUCCAAAAACGCUGUUUCUCUAUUGUUAUGCAUCCUGUUGUUCAGCGGUUAAUCGAUCUGAAAUGGGAACACUAUGGGAAAACAGGGGCUAUCUAUGAUCUGAUGCUUAACCUUGGUUAUGCAAUACUCUGGACCAUACUGAGUCUAGCAUUGUGUUAUCGAGCAAACGAUAUGUAUUUACCAUUAGGAUCAAAAGGAUGGUUGCUAGGCAUCGUUAUCGUUAUAGUCCUUAUGACUGGGAAUGAAAUAAAGAAGCAAAUUUCUGAUACACUCCGCGUACGGCGACAAGAGAAAGAUUGGAUUAACUGGAGAGCUCGCAGUCUUGAAGAAGACCUAGGAUAUUGUCAUCCCAGAUCCACAGUAGAAUGGAAAUAUUUAGCGAAAGAAGUGAAGUCUGUUCGAAAUCACUCGACGUAUUUCAACGAUGGAGAUGGAUGGAUGUACUAUUUUGAUUGGUUGGCUUUACUUCUUGUGUUAACAGCAAUAAUAACGCAUAUUAUCUUCCUGAAAACUGACAGCAUCAUAGCCUAUAAAAUCCACCGAUGCGUACUGAUCAAGUUGUUAUUGGUACUUUGGAUCCGUAUUGCAAAAUACGCCAGACCUUUUAAAUCCACCGGAACAAUUGUGAUUAUUUUUUCGCAUAUCAUUAAAGAUAUUAUCAAGUGUUCCUUUCUAUUUGCGAUAUUGUUCAUUCCUUACGCAUGCGCUUUCUGGCUUACGUUUGGUCCCUUUUCUCCAGCACCAGUUCCUGAAUACAGUAACUUUGGUGGUCUUCUGUACUGCAUGCUCUGUAUGGUUGUUGGCGUAGAUUUUCCUAUUGAUGAUAUACUCUCAGAAGAUCCACUCAUGGCUCGAAUCUUGUGCAGUUCAUUUAUUAUUAGCACAGCUGUAAUCGUGGUAAAUCUUCUCAUUGCGUUGCUCUCCGACACUUUUACGCGCCUCUAUGGCAAUGCUGUGGCGAAUGCAGUGAUGCAAAAGGCAAAUAGUAUUUUGCGAAUGGAGAAAACGAUGUGCAGGAAACGAAAGCAAAAUUAUUACAAGUUUGUGAGAGAGAACUGUAGUCCUCAGGUGGUUCCAAUGGACCUUAAACGUUCAAGCCAACGUCAAAGUGAAAAGGGAAAUGCAAUGAAUCGACUAGUAAACGAAGUUAAAACGAUGAAGAUUAACUUGGUACAAGGAAAAUGUCAGCUUCCAGCGCAAGUUGAUGGACGAACGAUCAGCGAACUUCUGAGACUAAACAAAGAAAACACCAUUAAAAUAAAUAAAAUAUUGGGUAUUUUAGCAGCACAGAAAGAGAUGGAUUCCAAAUUGAAUCAUCCACAAGAAGAGGCUGCGAUCGAUGAUGAAGAACGUGAUGGCAGAAAACCCGAACAAAGACAAAUUCGAAAAGUAUUUCAAUCCUCUAACUGUAGUUUAUCAAGCAUACAGAAUAUCAAUAAAAGACGACGGUUUUCCAGUCUUGGUGAAAUAAAUCGUGGUUUUGAAGAUAUCCAGUUGUCAGAACUAGAUGCAUCAGGCAGGAACGACACGAUUGGUGAUCUUAUACGACGAAGAAGAUCAACACUGCACCGUAGUAGCAGUGUAGCGUCAAUCCAAGCAUUCAAAUUCUUAGCACCUGGGCGUAGUUCUGGGUUCCUUUCACAACGUGUUAAUCAACGUGGCAGUGUUGGUAGUAUUACAUUAUAA